AUAGGUUUUAUGUUCAGAAAGGCACUCAGUGACACCUUAGUAUGAGGCACUACUGGUCUACAGGCAAAUUGCAUCAGACUUUCCAAGUAAUGGGAUGGACUUUAUGUGCAACAGUAUAGUGUGUGACAGAUGAGUAUAAAAGCAAUAAGCAUGCAUGAUAAUUGAACAUGGUGUGGCAUUUCAAGCUUGAUUAAAAUGCAACAAAAUACUAACACUCACUUGGUAGAGACAAAUAACCACAAAGUACACAAAAAAGGCUUGCAUAAAGACAAGAUUCUUCAGAGCUGGCAUAACAUAACCAUUUUUUUUUUAUCUACUGAUAAUGACCAGCUUAUCUUGCUGAUAAUGUAGGCAGAAUGCUGCUUGCACCACUGACGAAGCACUAAAAGAAAAAGCAUUGGAAUAGAAUCAUUGCAUUAUCCCAGUCAAGAAUAAGCCAUUCUACAAAUAGUAAGCCUUGUUAUAGUUCAUUCACAGCUUUCCACCUUACAUUUCAUUGAUAAUGGACAUUGCCAACAGUGCAAGACCCCUCCCCAGAUUUUCGGCUGACACAAGUUUAAAACGUAGUAAACAUGGUGCACAACGCAUCAUUUUUGUAUGGAGCUGUAAAAUGACAUCUCGGGUAAACUUUAGUUAUCUACAUCAAACAUUUAUUUAAAAGCAGCCACACAAAAUGACACAAACUAAUGCUUCAUUAGUCUCGCACAAAAGGUGCUCAAACAUGGACAAAUCUAAGACAAUAAACAUUUGCAAAAUUUACAUAUUGACUGCUAUCUUUCCCACUUGUGUUCGGGAUCAUGAAACAACGAACUCUUUAAAAAAAACCCUAUUUAUUGGCCUGGCUAAUCUGUAAUACUUUUUGUAGAUUGUGCUCAUGUCAAUAAGAAUAUGCAUGUUGGAUUGCGCAUGAGCUUGGCAGAGUGAGAACACUGUUUUCUGUUUUUGUCCGAAGCUUUAACUUUUCUUGGUUUCAAGCCAAAUAUCUGAGAAGUGCAUAGCUUUGCUCUACGUUCACCUAAAUCCUUUAAAUGAGAGCCUGAUUAUGGGUUGUCUUAUGAACAAGGCUUUCAGUCCAGCAGCCAGUACAUGUGGACACCACAGACAUGUAGUAGACCAUUAGACCACUGGUCCAUAGCAAGUAUAAACUUGCUGCAAGUGGUGCAGCAUUGUCACUUUGGGUUCUGCUUUGUUGCUUGGUGACUGGUGGUGGUGUUUGACGAGACUGUACUAGACCAGCAGAACACUAAAAGAUUUUGGCGGCACCUUGCUUCACGCAUAUGUAAGCAUACCAUGUUUAAAAGGCACUCAUUUUGGAGGAUGAAGUAACCAACCAACCAAAUGUCCGAGUACUGAUCAACCUUUUGAUUUCCAAUCCCACAUUGCCAAGUUUACACUAUUACUUGAUCCUCCAAAACGAGUGCCUUUCAAACAUUUCGCGUCUUAUAAUCCUCUAGGGCCAUACGUUAUUGAUGGGCGACAUACCUUUCUCAGAAUGAUAUGUGGCUUCCAUAAUAUAAAUGCGAGGCCCUUUAAUGUGCCAUACUACCCUCUGGGAACAUACCACUCUUGAGACAUUAUCAUUUUGAAACUUACCCCUUCAGGACCAGCAUGCAAUUGCUCUUUAAACAAGGCAUGAACCACUACAGUUCUCAGCUUAACAAAAAUGUGAACAUUCAGAAGCAGUCAAAACAAUAGAAAUGCUUCUAAAUUACUUACACUAGAUAGGUGUGCACUCCAACUUCAUAAUGUUACAAAGUGGCAAUAGACCUCCGACUUCCAUAACUUAUCCAAUUAUGCACUUGGCACUUCUAUAUACUUUUAUUUGAUAUACAGGAAGCAUAAGAAGCCCAUUAAGUAUUCUUUACAAUGGCCUUAAAAUUCAACAAACAACAGAGGGUUAAAGGGCCAACCUAAAUCAAAAGGAAGAUUUCUGUAGAAAGAAGAUACACAUUUUAAUAAGUGCUUAAGUGUAUGUGCGUGCGCACGCACGCACACACGCACACACACACACACACACACACACACACACACAUAUAUAUAUAUAUAUAUAUAUAUAUAUAUAUAUAGAGAGAGAGAGAGAGAGAGAGAGGCCACUUCCCAUCAUGGUAAACAAAUGUAAAUACGAUGUAAAAAGACAAUGCAUGUUGGCUCCUAAUUUUUUACUUCUAAAAUUUCAGUUAUCAUAAAGAACAAAUUGUGUUUCUGUAUCCCAUUCCAUCAGAAAAAAAAAAGGCUAAAAGUAAUAAGUGCACUAUGCUAAGCAAGGGAACACCGCUGUAUUGCAAGGUCAGACAAGUCCAUAUAUACGCUUACUCAGUCCCCAGGCACGGAACAAAUGAAGCGAUACAUAUGGCAGAGCAACAAGGCAUUUCUCAGUCAUCUCACAAACUAGAGUUUACUCGGUAGAGCAUUAUGAAAUGCGUUUUCACAGGCCUGAGGAAGACAAAACACAAACACGAAAUGCACAGGACCAGUACCCGCCCUGUGCAUUUAGUGUGCGUUUCGUCUUCCUUAGCGCUGCAAGCAUAUUUUGUAAUGUCAGCAAUCAAUUUGCCCAAUGUAUUAUGAUUACUCAGUAUGGUUCAGCAGUGCUUUUAUUAAUGCACAUAUAUAUAUUUUGCAGGUCUUUGUUUAGAGCCAGCUUCCAUAUUUUUUGUGAGCAUGCAUCACAAUUUCUUUUAAUGAAAGCCUCACAUUUUCCCCCUUGUUUGUCUCCACAAAGGGUGCACCACUUUUUUUGUGGCAAUUAUUUACAUGGAAGUUCAUCUGUCCUUUCUGAAAUAGAGAGUGUAUGUCUAGCUUAAGGUGAUAUACUGACGCCCUUGUUUAUUAAUGUGAAAUUGCUGUAGUACUAAAUAAGGUGUGUGCAUGUGUAUGUAUGUGUAUAUCAUCAUCAUCAUCAGCCUGGUUAUGCCCACUGCAGGGCAAAGGCCUCUUCCAUACUUCUCCAACUACCCCGGUCAUGUACUAAUUGUGGCCAUGUUAUCCCUGCAAACUUCUUAAUCUCAUCCGCCCACCUAACUUUCUGCCGCCCUCGGCUACGCAUCCCUUCACUUGGAAUCCAUUCCGUCACUCUUAAUGACUAUCGGUUAUCUUCCCUACUCAUUACGUGUCCUGCCCAUGCCCAUUUCUUUUUCUUGAUUUCAACUAAGAUAUCAUUAACUCGCGUUUGUUCCCUCACCCAAUCUGCCCUUUUCUUAUCCCUUAACAUUACACCUAUGAUUCUUCUUUCCAUAGCUCGUUGCGUCGUCCUCAAUUUAAGAACCCUUUUCGUAAGCCUCCAGGUUUCUGCCCCGUACGCGAGUACUGGUAAGACACAGCUGUUAUAAACUUUUCUCUUUAGGGAUAAUGGCAACCUGCUGUUCAUGAUCUGAGAAUGCCUGCCAAACGCACCCCAGCCCAUUCUUAUUCUUCUGAUUAUUUCAGUCUCAUGAUCCGGAUCUGCAGUCACUACCUGUCCUAAGUAGACGUAUUCCCUCACCACUUCCAGUGCCUCACUACCUAUUGUAAACUGCUGUUCUCUUCCGAGACUGUUGAACAUUACUUUAGUUUUCUGCAGAUUAAUUUUUAGACCCACCCGUCGGCUUUGCCUCUCCAGGUCAGUGAGCAUGCAUUGCAGUUGGUUCCCUGAGUUACAAAUCAAGGCAAUAUCAUCAGCGAAUCACAAGUUACUAAGGUAUUCUCCAUUAACUCUUAUCCCCAAUUCUUCCCAAUCCAGGUCUCUGAAUACCUCCUGUAAACAAGCUGUGAAUAGCAUUGGAGAGAUCGUAUCUCCCAGCCUGAUGCCUUUCUUUAUUGGGAUUUUGUUGCUUUCUUUAUGGAGGACUACGGUGGCUGUGGAGCCGCUAUAGAUAUCUUUCAGUAUUUUUACAUACGGCUCGUCUACACCCUGAUUCCGCAAUGCCUCCAUGACUGCUGAGGUUUUGACUGAAUCAAAUUUCUCGUAAUCAAUGAAAGCUAUAUACAAAGGUUGGUUAUAUAUGUGUAUAUAUAUGUGUCAUAUAUAUGUGUAUAUAUACCGGAUGUUUCAGCAAACACUUCCAAGAAUUCUUAACGGUCGCCUGUGGCAGAUAGCACAAUUCUAUUUCAUGAUCUAAUCUGCUCAAAGAGGCAGACAUUACUGGCACAAGAAAUUGAAAUGCAUAAUCUACUAAUUAACAAAAAUACACUAAUUAAGUUUUAAACUUUUGUGCUUGAAAGCAUAAAAUGACAUUUUGUUAAUAAUGUAACUGGAACACCAACGCAUUUUUCUGCAACGUUCGGGAAUUAAUAUCUUGAAAUUGGUGUCAUCCUGAGAAUUUGUUCCACGUGGAUCCACCUUGCGAGCUCCCCGGCUAGAAUUUGUAAAUUACAAUACGUGCCAUAAGGUAAUUAGUUAAAACUUAAUUAUUUUUAAUGAGUCUAUUAUGCAUUUCAAUUUCUUGUGCAAAUAGUGUUUGCCGCUUUGAGUAGACCACCUCAUGAACUAGAAUUGCACCCAGAGCAGGCGAAAAUGUUAUCAUGGCCCUAGAUAUCAAAAGGGGCCUUCGACAACGUUAGCCACGAAGCUAUCAUGGAAGGACUGAAAAACGCCAACUGCGGCAAGAGAAUCCACGACUAUGUGAGGGCCUUUCUGACCAAACGCAAUGGCAACGGUGGGAUUGGGAGAUCUGCGAAGUGACGUCUUUACCACCCCACGCAAAGGCAUGCCGCAGGGCUCCGUGAUCUCACCAAUACUCUUCAACAUCGCAAUGAUUGGACUGGCUCGAAGACUCAGCAAGAUUGAUGGCAUCCAGCAUGCAAUAUAUGCUGACGACAUCACGGUCUGGGUCAAUCAAGGCUCCCUGGCACAGAAGCAAGAAAAACUGCAGGAAGUGGCCAAGUGCGUGGAAGAAUAUGUCAGAGAAAGGGGCCUGGCGUGCUCCACUGAAAAAUCAGAAAUCCUGAGUGGGAAGAAACCCCACCGCGGAAGAACUAAUAGUAAAACUAGAGGGACAAAACAUACUUGAAAGGAGCAUAAUACGCAUCCCAGGCAUGUGGAUUCAAGGAAGCAAGAAAUGCAGCCACACAAUCAGCUUACUAAAAAAAUCGACAGAACAAGUAAGCCGAAUGAUAACGAGGGUAUCUCAAAGAAGAAGCGGAAUGAGAGAAGGAGACACAAUCAAGCUGGUCAGAAGUCUGGUGGUCAGCAGAGUCAAGUACUCGCUCCCGUAACAUAACAUGACCAAGAAUGAAAAAAAAAAUUAAAUUAUGGGGCUUUACAUGCCAAAACCACUUUUCGAUUAUGAGGUACGCCGUAGUGGGGGACUCCGGAAAUUUCGACCACCUGGGGUUCUUUAACGUGCACCUAAAUCUAAGUACACGGGUGUUUCCGCAUUUCGCCCCCAUCGAGAUGCGGCCGCCGUGGCCGGGAUUCGAUCCCGCGACCUCGUGCUUAGCAGCCCAACACCAUAGUCACUAAGCAACCAAAGCACGAAAAAGAACAGACAGAAACGCCACUAAGAAAAGCGGAUAAGACGGCGCUACUUCUGCCAAGAAAUACGCCCAACGAUAAACUGUUACAGAUGGGCCUAAGCAACACCUUCAAAGAACUUGCAGAAGCACAGCUCAAUGCACAGAUCGCCAGGCUCCAGCAGACUGCCACCGGGCGCAAGCUUCUAAAAAGAAUAACACAGACGGAGUAGAGGAUCGGGCAGCUAGCGUCCCAGGCAGCGUUCGCCAGACACUGGAGAUUAGCCCCCUACCGAGAAACAUGGACCCAAAUCUCCACGCUGCCAGAAGGCAUCCACGAGCAGAUUACGUGGAACGAAACCUAGCCACACUAGAAAACACAGUAUACACAGACGCUGCCAUAUAUCCAUGGGACCACAAUACUAGAAUGUUUAGAGUCGUGGCAGCAGUGGUAGACCACACGGGAGAACCAAUUAGCUGCACGACCCUGAGAAACUGCACGGUAAUGGAGGGGGAAGAAGUCGCCGUAGCUCUACUGGCGGCUGAAGGUUACCGCAGAAAUAAAUCUCUGAUAAUUCUAACAGACUCCAAAACAACAUGCAGGAACUACAUACAAGGCAGAGUUAGUAAGGAAGCACCGAGAAUCCUUCUCGAAACAGAGCAUCCUAACAAAAACAUAAAACAUAGGAUCUUCUGGAUACCGGCACACACCGGGAUAGAGGGCAACUCAAGGGUGGACAGCGUAUUUCGUCAACUCACGCACCGAGCAGGGCAGUCGGAAACCCUAGAGGCUCCCUUAACAGUGGAGCCGACAUAUGCAGAAAUACUUAACCACUACAGAGGAAGGAGACUUAAAUACCCCCUACCCCACACAUCGCUCACACAACACGAGGUAGUCAGCUGGCGAAGACUGCAAGCAGGUACGUUUUUCAACCUGCACACACUACACAAAAUGUUCCCUACCCAGUACAGGAAUACAUGUCCGUGGUGCGGGGCAACCCCCACGUUAUACCACAUCACGUGGAAAUGCAAGCGUAAUUUCGUAUUCCAUAAAGUAAAUAACCCAAGUGCAGAACAAUGGGAGGGUCUGCUCACCAGCAGCGAGCUCGCAGCCCAACGGGCAAUUGUGCAGCACGCCUGUGAGGCAGCAAGACUCAGCGGUGCCCUGGAAUAGGGGCGCCGACCUUGUGAAGCGGCCAGGAUUCAAGACAUGAAGACACCGGCCCACCGCCAAUCUCUC